AUGUCUCUCAGCCGCCAAUCCCUCUCGCCCACGGCAAAUCUCCUGCGAAACUCGCGCCUCUUCUCGCUGCCCAAUCCGCUGCCCAAACCACCCGUGGGCGAAUCCUUUCGCUCUGGCAUCACAAAGGCUUCCGAUACUGCCACACUGCCCUACCCCACACAGCAAGCCAUUGCGACGACCAAGAGCUCGCUAGCACGUGGCGACUGGGGACUGAAGAGGCCGCUGCCCCAACGGAGUUAUCUGGUCCAAGUCAGUGACCCGGUCUUGAGGGUGAAUCAGUUGGACACGAUUGAGCAUGUGACCGACUUCGACUCGGCAGCAGACCAUGUGCGCACUCGCCAGAAAUGGGAGGCCAUGGGAGUGCCGAUGAUGAAGGGCAUGACGCAGAUGCGAGACAAGGACCUGUCCGGGACCCCGCCCGCAGGUGCCUUUGAGAUCCGCGACGAUACCACGAGCUAUGACACUGAGCUGGGAUUGGAUGAGUCGGGUCUCUAUCUCAAAGCCCUCAAGGACAAUGUGAAGACGCAGGCAGAUGCGACGAAGAAGGCGUUCGACACCCUGUGGAUGAACAAGAGGCAGGCGCAAGAGGCAGAGUGGGAUGCCCAGGGCGCCAGCGGGGACGGCCGUGUAGAGAAGAUCAAGGCAUUCGAGCAAGAGCAAGCCCAAGCCAGGAAACAGCUCAACAAGCAGCUGACUCGACUGCGCAAAUCCGACUUUACCCCUUUCACCCCGCCUCCCGUCGACGCCGCCGUGCACAACACCAAGCGGUGGAAGCAUGACGGUCCUUGGCUUCCUGGCAUGAGCGCCGACGACUUCCUCGCCUACCUCAACAAGGAAAUCACCAAACGCAAGCCCGAAUUCCACAGGUAUCUCGUCGAGUUUGUCAAGAAUGAAAUCUACACGACCCGGCGUCUGGCCGCCUCCCAGGCUGGCGAAGCGCCUCCCAUGGACAUGGCUGAGGCCGAAGCCUGGCAUGCACGGCAAGAGAAGCAAUGGCGAAACAUUACACCUGACCAGAUUGACGCAGGUAUCAAAUCACUCCGCAAAGAGACAGCCAACAACCCCUUGGGCUCCAAACUCGUCACCAAGCUCAUCCUCCCCUUCCUCCGUCUACCAGCCAUCAAAUUCAAGUACACGUCCUACGCCGAAGACGCUUCGACGCGGGCCAUUGACCAAUAUCAAUUCGAUCAAGAAACAGCGCCCUUGUCCACGCACCCCUCCGCCGGCCUAGGCUACCUCCGCACAAGAUCCUACAUAACCAACCACCCGAUCCUAGGACCACAAGCCCAGCCCACCCCCGUCACCGCCCGCGUCAUCCAGCCCCGCACCGCGGGCACGAGCAAGCAAGUCUACGCCCGCCUUGGUGUCGGCGGCUUCGUCGCCAACGACCAGUACCGCAGCACAGACGUCAGCUCCGGCAACCGCGCCGGUGUCAACAACGCCCGCGACGUCGAAACCAUUGACAUUGACACGCCCGGCGGCAAGAAACUCACCGUCCAGCCGCUCUUUGGCUCCGUCACCAAUGACGGCCGCAUCCACAUCAAGGUCAAGCGCUCCCAAGGUCCAGAGGUCCAGGUCGCAAAGGGUGCGCUCGACGACAGGCCGCCGGUGCGCGAGUUUGCGCGUGUCGAGCGCAUCGAGCGGUUCGCGAGCGGCAAGGAGAGCGGCGUCAAAGAGUUGGACGAGUUUAGUGGGAGAGCGAAGAUGUUGAGUGGGUUUCUGGAAGGCUUGGGUGAGGGUCAAGGGAAAGGGGAGUGA